AUGGCGUCCACCUGCAGCACCCCCCGAAGUCCAAGUUUGGUCAGCAACCCGUUCAAAGCAACUUCACCCAAAUCACUUGCUUGGCUCUCGCUCUUGAAACGCAGCGGGCAGCAUCUACGCCGAUCCAGCAAAGAUGAGAACCAAUAUUCGGGUACGCGGUCUCUGUCGACCUCGCCGACCGACAAGGCCAGUCCCCCUCAGCAUAUCGAAGGCGUCCCGUCAUCACCAGAUCAAGCCGUCUUGACAGGCACCUCCCCAACGAGAACGAGAACACUCCCCGUAGUCACCGAGCCCCCGGUCUCCAUCUUGAAAAAGAAUAAUGCCUUUGACCUGGAUUCGAUCAUCUGGGAUGAUUCCUCCCGGGACCGCCAGAAUAUGCGACACUCGGUCGAUCUCGACGAUGCCAUUGCUCGACUCCUGCUCGCCGGGUCGUCCAAACCAUCCAAGAGUGUCUGUCUCAGCAACGCCGAAAUCGUCGGCAUCUGCUCCUCGGCACGGAACAUCCUCCUCUCUCAACCCAUCUUGCUCGAAUUGAACGCCCCCAUUCAAAUCGUCGGCGACCUGCACGGCCAAUUCCCGGACCUCCUCCGCCUCUUCGACACCUGCGGCUACCCACCAUCCACCAACUAUCUCUUCCUUGGCGACUAUGUCGAUCGUGGCAAGCAAAGUCUCGAGACGAUGCUGCUGUUACUGUGCUUCAAGCUCAAGUACCCCGAGAAUUUCUUUAUCCUCCGCGGCAACCAUGAAUGCGCCAAUAUCACCCGCAUCUAUGGCUUCCACGAUGAAUGCAAGCGUCGUUGUAAUAUCAAGAUUUGGAAAACCUUUACUGAUGUGUUCAACUGUCUCCCAAUCGCGGCCAUUGUGGCCGAGAAGAUCUUCUGCGUCCACGGAGGCUUGUCCCCGAACCUGACGGAUAUGGAUGAUAUUCGCAAGAUCUCGCGACCGGUCGAAGUCCCCGAGUAUGGGCUCUUGAACGAUCUACUCUGGAGUGACCCGGCGAAUAUCCGCGACUGGGGUCCCAAUGAUGACCGUGGUGUGAGCUGGUGUUUUGGCAAGCAGCCGAUUGUCAAUUUCUUGAAACAUCAUGACCUGGAUCUGGUCUGUCGGUCGCAUAUGGUGGUGGAAGGGGGGUAUGAAUUCUUUGGGAAUAAGUCCUUGGUGACGAUCUUUUCUGCUCCAAAUUAUUGCGGGGAAUUUGACAACUGUGGCGCCAGCAUGUCCGUGUCGGCGGAUUUGAUGUGCAAUUUCAACCUGAUUCGACCUUUUAAUCAGAAAAAGGUCGAUCAGCAGAUGAAGAGGGCGAGGGAGUCGACCAAGACGGAGAAGGCCUUGUAA